AUGCCUCUCGAGACAAUAUACGUCGUCCGCCAUGGGUUCCGGUCUAGUUGGUCCGUCGACCACACCACAGGAGUGUAUUCAGCUUCGAUCCCAUCACCAACAGGAAUCGCUGUGGACCCAGCACUCACCGCCCACGGGGUCGAUCAGUCCAGGCAACUCGCCCAGCAUCUCAUGACGAUAGACCCCCCCGUGGAGGUUGUGUACUCGAGCCCCUACUACCGCUGUCUGCAGACCAUCACCCCCUUUGUCGAGCUCCAGCAGCAGAGGCACGCACACAGGCAUGGCGAGAGCACGAGUACCGGCAGUGACUCUGCCGCCACCAUGAUACGGCCUGAACACGGAAUCUGCGAGUGGUUCGGUUCCGCUCCGUUUGAGCAUCCCGGCCCAGCCUCACCCUCAGUCCUCAAAUCCUUGUUCCCUGCUUUUGAUGAGAGCUACGUGUCGGCGCAGUAUCCUCCCAAGAGGGGCGAGACGCUGGUCCAGCUGCAGGCCAGGCUUACGGCCACGAUGCAGAGUAUCAUUGAUCGCUGCGACGCUGAAGAUAGACGAGCCGUUGUGCUGUGCACUCACGCCGCAGUGGUCAUCAUGUUGGGCCGCAUCCUCACGGGCGACUUUCCCGAGACUGUAGAUACCGAUGACUUCCACGCUUUUACCUGUGGACUGAGUGUCUACCGCCGGAAACUUGACAAUCGGGAUCAGGGACGGCGAGGAAAGGGGGAGUUGCCUGACAAAGAGCCCAACUCUAGUGCUGCUGUUGCUGUUGGAGGUUGGUCAUGUGAGGCCAACAGUGACUGCAGCUUCUUGGCCGGCGGCGAAGAGCGAGGCUGGAAGUUCGUAGGGGACGAGGAGUUUCCAGACACAGGCUCCAUGUCUCAAGCUACGAGUACAUCCGAGUCUAAGCUGUAA